AAGUCCCCAACCCUAAAAUCUCUCUCAACUCUCAAGCCUGAGCACUGCCGCCCUCCCCUCCCCUCCCCCCUUCGGCCUCUCCGCCGAUCGUCCCUCUGCUCUUCGCGCUGUCAAUGCGUUGCUGCCUCUGCUGAUCCUGGUUGCUGCGUUCGCUGGUCCUGGUCCUCGUUGCUGCUUUUGCUUUUUCUUAUGAAAUAGUUUCAUGAAGUAUUUUGCAAUACUAGAACUGCAAUCAGAACCGUAAUUUAGAUCUGAUUGCUGGUACUUCACCAACCAAGACGGGGUUUUUUGGAAAAAUAAAUUGUUCACGGAGGACAGAUUGGUAAAUUUUAGUGAUAUUGGGCCUAAAUUGAAACUUGUUUACAGCGCAAGGACCUACUUGGAAUUUCAAUUAACUUAAACCCUAGUUAGUAAUGUCAAAUCGUUGAACUACCAUCGUCAAACUGAACGAAGCCUCUUUUUUCCCUGACCAAGAGAAAGCACACACAGUGUUAUUUUUGGCAGUGAUACUGAUUUAUGCAAGAAAAUCAGAGGAGGUUGAAAAAAGAUUCUGUUUGGGUGAUGUAAAGAAACAAGCAGAUUGUUCCCUUCUGAGAGAGACCGAUCCCCUUCCUGUUUAAUGGUCAUUCAAAGGGAAAGAGUUACUGUUGGACUUAUGGUUAUUAUAUCCUUCUAAGUUUUUAUUAUUUUGUAGUGGUUAGGACAGAAUGAGAAGUUAUACGUCUUCCCCUCAGAACUCUAUAAUAGAACUUCGUUGUUUUCAUGGCUUGCAUUCAUGCUUUAAAAAGUUUGGACCCAGUUGUUCAAUGGUGAAAGCAUCAGUCUUCAAUUUGAAAAAUUCAAUGAAGUGCUUUCACGGAAAUGAGUCAUAUUUACUGCGGAUAGGAGAUCUUCAUUCAGGAAAAACAUUAUUUUCUUUGCAAUGUAAAGGACUGCAAAGAAGUGUGUGCAUUGAUAGGGUUGAUGAAAAUGACCAAGAUGAGUGGAACUCUGAAACUCAUCUGUCGGGUGUAGGUAGAAAGUCCAGGGAGCAAAUAAGCACAAAGAAUCAUGGAUCUCCAGCAUUAUCCAUUGAUGGGCCUUUUGUUGAAAAUGACGAGGAAACCAACAAUGAAAUCCUUCAGCACUUGUGUAACAAAGGAAGACUCAUGGAUGCAUCAAGGCUUAUAGAUGUUAUGGCUCGUAGAAACCAAAUUCCCCACUUCAUUUGUUGCACAAACUUAAUCAGGGGCUUUGCCAAAGUUGAACAGAUAGAUAAAGCUGCCAAGGUUCUUAAGAUCAUGGUCAUGUCAGGUGGGGUUCCAGAUGUUAUUACAUACAACAUGAUGAUUGGAGGUUUAUGCAAAAGAGGAAAACUAAGAUCUGCCAUUGAUCUUCUUGAAGAUAUGAGCUUGAGUGGUUGUGCUCCUGAUGUGAUCACUUAUAACACAAUAAUUCGUUCCAUGUUUAAUAAGGGAAAUUUUGAUCAAGCUGUUCAGUUCUGGAAGGAGCAAUUGAGGCGGGGAUGCCCUCCAUAUCUGAUAACCUACACAGUUCUCAUUGAGCUAGUCUGCAAGCAUUGUGGAGCUGUUAGGGCCAUGGAAGUGUUGGAGGAUAUGGCAAUGGAAGGAUGCUAUCCUGAUCUUGUUACCUACAAUUCAUUGGUCAAUUUUACUUGUAAACAGGGGAAGUAUGAAGAUGCAGCAUUGAUCAUUUAUAACAUCCUGUCUCAUGGAAUGGAGCCCAAUGCUGUAACUUACAAUACGCUUCUGCAUUCUCUUUGUAGUUCUGGGUUAUGGGAUGAAGUAGAUGAGAUUGUUGAAAUCAUGAAAGCAACUUACCAUCCUCCUACAGUAGUUACUUACAAUACACUGAUUAAUGGAUUGUGUAAGUCUGGACUUGUGGACCGCGCCAUUGAUUUCUUUCUUCAAAUGGUUCAUGAAGAUUGUUCACCUGACAUUGUUACUUAUAAUACUCUUCUUGGUGCAUUAUGUAAAGAAGGAAAGGUGGAUGAGGCCCUUCAAUUACUUGGCCUUUUAAGCUUUAGCAGCUGUUCUCCUGGGUUGAUAACUUAUAAUACUGUUAUUGAUGGAUUGACUAGAUGGGGCUGUAUGGAGAAAGCAAUGAUGUUAUACAGUCAAAUGAUAGAAAAUGGGAUCACUCCAGAUGGUAUUACCCAUCGUUCAUUGGUAUGGGGGUUUUGCUCAGCAAAUCAAGUUGAGGACGCUAUCGAGCUGCUGAGAGAGAUGGGAAAGAGAGACCACAGGAUCAAUAUUAGUGCUUACAAGUUGGUGAUUGAUGGUUUAUGUAAAAAGAAGAAGGUGGAUAUUGCAAUACAAGUUCUGGAAAUUAUGAUCUCAAGUCGAUGCAAGCCAGAUGAAGAAAUUUAUUCUAUUCUAAUUAAAGGCCUGGCAGAUGCUGGUAUGAUCAAAGAGGCUAAUGAAUUGCGGCAGAAGUUGAUAAACAAAAAAGUUCUUAAUGAUCAAAUUAUAUUGGAUUAACAGUUUAUGCAAGAGGGGUGGUUUGAGCUCACUUAUAGCCUUGGGGUUUAAUGCAGGAAUGUUGUGUAGUUAUUUCCUUGAACCUAGCUCAGGAUCUUUAUGACAUGCAAAGCAUGUUUGAAAUGUUUUGGCACAUUAUAGAGUUGUAUUUUGGCACAUUGUUUUUGUAAGCUACAAACCAAAAUAUAAAUUCACCACAGGAAUUUGGAAAAAAAGAUACUUAGUUUUUGUAGGUU